AUGAAUCGCCGUUGCGCUCGCCGGGCGGAGCGUGCGUGCUGCACAUGCGCCAAGUACACGCCAUUGGCCUUCGUCUACGGUAUCACGACAUGGGCCGUCUGGGUAGUCGUGAACUGCGGUAGGCUCGGCACUCACAAGUCCUGGCUAGGAACCAGCUCGUCCGUCUUCGGUGUCAUCCUAUAUGCCAUGCUCAACUGGUGUUAUACCACGGCCGUCUUUACGAAUCCCGGUUCGACCACCAACGAUGACGGAUACGGCCUCCUCCCCACGAGCCAAACUAGCCAGAACAACGCGACAUCGCUUACCGUCAAGAGCAAUGGCGAGCUUCGUUUCUGCAAGAAGUGCCAAGCCCGGAAACCCGAUCGUGCCCACCACUGCUCGACAUGCCGCCGCUGCGUUCUGAAGAUGGAUCACCACUGCCCAUGGCUUGCGACUUGCGUUGGCCUGCGAAACCACAAGGCAUUUCUCCUCUUCCUGAUCUACACUACGCUCUUUUGCUUCUACGCGUUCGCUGCCAGCGGGACGUGGGUCUAUGUCGAGAUUAUCGACGCUACGGGUUUCACCGACACCUUCAUGCCUCUCAACUUCAUCAUGCUCGCCGUCAUCAGUGGAAUUAUAGGGCUCGUUGUCGGUGCUUUCACCUCGUGGCAUAUCAUGCUCGCCAGCAGAGGCCAGACCACGAUCGAAUGUUUGGAAAAGACCCGAUACCUGUCCCCUUUGAGAAAGUCCAUACAACAAAUCCAGAACGCGGCAAACGGCAUCCCCCAGUCAGCUCAGCAGUUCGUCCAGUCUCACACCAAUGCCCUACCUGGUAUCACUCACCCUGAAGAGGGCGAGGAGCAUAGGUCAAUCGACGGACCACGCCCACCUGUGCAAAUGUCCUACGAGGAACUGGAGCGCACACGCGCAAAGAAGCGUUAUGAAGACUACCUCGACGAGCAGGACUCUGAAAAGCUUCCCAACGCCUUUGAUAUGGGAUGGAGACGUAACUUACACCACCUCUUUGGGCCAUCGCCUUUGCUCUGGUUUUUCCCAGUCUCCAACACCAUUGGUGACGGAUGGGCCUGGGAAACUAACCCCAAGUGGGAGGAAGCCAGGGAGCGUCUAAGACGCAACCGAGAGCAUCAACGCAAUCUUGAGAUCAACGCCGGUUGGGGCGAUGGAAAUGAAGAGCCUCCAGUGAUUAUUCGGACCAACGCUGGGGGUGCUGGCAGACACUACCCCCCCAGUCCCCCCUCCAGCAACGGGAAGCGAACACCUAGCAAGGCGGACCGUGUAUUAGGACGGGACCCGAGCCUCUAUGCCGAUAAGCCCCAAGACGUCCCCUUGAAAAGGCUAAGUACUCGAGGCCGCACGAUCGAGGAGGAGUUGGAUGAGAUUGAUAACGACGACGGCGAUGCCCAACACCAACGUCAACAGCGGCAAGAAGCGGAGCACCGUGCCAUGGAUGUUGUUACCAAUGGCGGCUGGGGUCGUGGUGGUGCCAGCGGCAUGUUGAGGAAGCAGAGCAGCUUCACCAACGGCAAAGCAGUCACCUCGCGCCUCCAUGACGAGGGAGUCGACUAA